UAAUUGAUGCCUUUAUAAAUGAAUUGGAGAGAGGAAUCAGUUGGAAGUCCAUGAACUAAAACUCGAAUGGAAGCCAAUGUUGGAUUAAUUGGAAAGCAAGCCUAUUCUGAAUUUGAUCCAUAUAGCGAGUGGCAAAAGGAGGAAUUUGAUGUUCUUAUAGUCCGUAUCCCAGAAUUCACCAAUAAACAAGGAUUGAAGGUGCAAAUUAGCAAUUUGGGAGUGGUCAAGAUUUCUGGAGAUCGUCAAGUCGGUAAUUCAAGAAUUAGAUUUUAUAAGGAAUUCCCAAUACCAAAAGACUGUAAUACAGAUGAAAUCCAAGCAAAAUUAGCAAAAGGUUCUCUCAAAAUUUCAUUUCCAAAGAAAUUUACAGCCCCUCCUCCAUUAGCUGUUAAUCCUAAAGCAGAUGAAGAAACAACACCAACUCUAAAAGAAAAUAACUCGACUACAUCCACGAAAGUAAAGGACGAAACAACAAACAACUCAAGAUUGAAGAAGAUCAAGAAUGCAGCUACGAGCGUUGCAGCUAUGGUGGCUGUGAUUUCUGUCAUUACUUACUAUCUAUAUAGCUCUACAAAUAGUUGAAAGGUAGUCUUAGUUAUUUAUGCAAGAAAUAAGUUGGGAUCUUUGUGGUCGUUUAUAGUUAUACUCUUGUGUAAAUCGUCCAAACAUUUGGGAAUUUGUAUUAGAUGGAUUUGUGUUAUCGUUUAGGACAUUAAAGCAAAUCCUAUUAUGUAAACUUUCAUCAAUUCAGUGACCUGAGCAAUUUGAAUGUAA